AUGAAACAACGAAUAACCUAUGUGGUCGAGAAGCCAGACGAGUUCUCACCAGAUCAACUGUCUGUAGAGAACAGCGGCUCAUCCGGUGCACGCUUUCUUCUAAAAGGCGUCAAGGCAGCUAAGGAACACCGUAUCACCUUGGGAUUGAACGAGCUGCCCGAUGAAGUACAACAUGAUCCUUUUCCCAGACUUGACCAUGACAUUAGGCUAACAUGA